CGCGUCUCUGGCUGAGCCGCCAGUGGAUGUCGUUGUUCUGUUCCUUGAGCGCGAUGUCACUCCUUUAGCAUGACCUCAAACGCGGCGGGGGCUGGGACCGCCAGUCAUUCUCCGUGCGAGGGCCGGGGCGGGAGGCAGGCGGGACCCAGCCCCGCCGCCAGCCCCACUUUUGUGGUGCCGCCGCCGUCGCGGGCUCCCCUUUCUCCGCGGGGCUGGCCGCGGGGCGGGCGAUGCUCCGGGCUCCCUGAGCCGCCGCACCGCGUCCCCGGCCGAGGCGCCCCGCGGAGCGGCGCGGUCGAGCGGCGGCUCCCCGGUGCGCCCCGCGUCCCCCGCCCCGCUGUCCCCGGGCCGCGCGGAGGUCGCGCAGGAUGCCGCGGAGGGGAGCGGAGGCGCCGCUGGCCCUGCUGCUGGCGGCGGCGUGGCUGGCGCAGCCCCUGCGCGGCGGCUACCACGGCGUGAGCGUGUUCGCCGUGCAGAGCGCCCAGCCCGACCCCUGCUACGACGAGCACGGGCUGCCCCGCCGCUGCAUCCCCGACUUCGUCAACUCGGCCUUCGGGAAGGAGGUGAAGGUGUCCAGCACCUGCGGGAAGCCGCCCUCGCGGUACUGCGUGGUGACGGAGAAGGGCGAGGAGCAGGUCCGCACCUGCCACCUCUGCAACGCCUCCGACCCCAAGCGCGCCCACCCGCCCUCCUUCCUCACCGACCUCAACAACCCGCACAACCUGACCUGCUGGCAGUCCGACAGCUACGUCCAGUACCCCCACAACGUCACCCUCACCCUGUCCCUCGGCAAGAAAUUCGAGGUGACCUACGUCAGCCUGCAGUUCUGCUCGCCGCGCCCCGAGUCCAUGGCCAUCCACAAGUCCAUGGACUACGGCAAGACCUGGGUGCCUUUCCAGUUCUACUCCACGCAGUGCCGCAAGAUGUACAACAAGCCGAGCCGCGCCGCCAUCACGAAGCAGAACGAGCAGGAGGCGGUGUGCACCGACUCGCACACCGACGUGCGGCCCCUCUCCGGCGGCCUCAUCGCCUUCAGCACCCUGGACGGCCGCCCCACCGCCCACGACUUCGACAACUCGCCCGUGCUGCAGGACUGGGUGACGGCCACCGACAUCAGGGUGACCUUCAGCCGCCUGCACACCUUCAGCGACGAGAGCGAGGACGACUCCGAGCUGGCCCGCGACUCCUACUUCUACGCCGCAGGCGACGGUGGCGCCGAGCAGCGGGCAGGCUACAGCGAGGAGUUCGGCCGGGCAGACGAGCGCUGCCCAGCUGCCCCUGCCGGCCCGGAGCGGGCCGGGGGUCCCGGCAGGGCUGGGGACGGUGCGGACCCCCCCGGCCCGCAGUCAGGGCCGUGCCGGGGCUUUGGGCUCCGCUCGCUCGGAUCCAGCCGUGCCCCUCGGCCUGGCACGGGCUCCACGGCGAUCGGGGAACGGCGCCGGUGGCGGCUGCAGGGACGGACGGAGCGCCGAGACAGAGCCGCGGAGCUCAGCCCAGCAGCGGCGGCUCUGCGGGACCCGGCCCGGCAUGGGGCAUGA